CUGGCUUUAAAUAUAUCGUUUUAAGGUCGUUCUCAGAUUCGCUGUAAAAUAACAACACCUCUUCUUUUUUUUUUCUUUUCUUUUUUUUUCCUCUCAAGAUGAGCACAAGUCCUAUACCCUCCCCUCAAAUACCUCUUCCUAUGCCUGUAGUUACUACUGAGGAACAAAUACCAGAAUUUCUUCAAGAGUUUGAUGCAUUAUUUGCACCUGGUAAUUCUUUUGACAGUAUUGGGGACCUUCGUUCAACAGUCUCAAGCUACGGUCAAAAGCAUAAUGUGGUCAUGAGCACAAAGAAUUCCAACUAUCGUAGUAUUCAUCUCUGGUGCAAACACGCAGGUGUUUAUCGCAAAAGUAAUAAGAACACCAAUCAACCCACAAAGACAGUCAAGUCUAGAAAGAAAGAAACACAACGUACUGAUUGCAAGUGCUUUAUAAAGGCUAAACUUGUCGAACAAAAGUGGUUGAUUGAGCGCAGUUAUGGGAACCAUAAUCACGCCAUACCCACCAACUGCACUGUCUACAGUUUACACAGAAGACAGUCUGAGCCAGUCAAAGAGCUUAUCUUGCAACUGCUGAACAAUGGACAAAAGAUUAGCAGUAUUCUGGAAUAUUUACACAUGAUGGGCAUCCGUAACAUCAUCAAGAAAGACAUUGAGAACUUGCAACAACACUUUAGAAGGAAAAAGUUGAAAGAAGAGCAAGACAAAUCUGUUUUGGCAGCUACAAUGCCUUUAUGCACAGAUACCUUGGGUACUUCUGGCAUAAUGUCUGCAGCAGAUAUGAUGUUGGUUCCUGACAAUACCCAGCAUUGCAUUUCACACAAUACCCCUGCAGCAGCAUUUAUACCUCGCAAGAUAUUACCUUAUACCACCCAUAGCGCUGUGAACAGCAGCAUGACAUUUAAAAACGAAUAAAUAAAAACCAAAAAAAAAAA